AAUUUACUGUUCAAGUUCCUCAUCUCCAUCUGAAUUUCCUCUUACCCACACCCAAGUUUGCUGUUGCUCUCUAGGGCUUUUUCUCCAACUUCCUUCAACCCAGCCGAAAACCUCUCAAAAUGCGGGCGGUAGACCGGCCGGAACCUCUCCAACAGCAGUUCGCGAAAUCCCAAUCAUUCUCCUAUCGAUACCAAUCCAACGCUUCUCCCUCCAAGCACAGCACCACCGCUUCCAGCUUGUCCUUCUCCGAGAGCCGAUUCGAUUGACCACAAAGUAGCGUUCUACAAGGCGUAACCACCCAUGUCGAAUAUCCCCACUUCUAACUUCAUUAGUCUCAUGUCGAACAGUGGGAUUUCUUUGGUUCCAGGUACGUGAACUUCAUCUUUUUCUUCUCCUUCGGCUUGCGGUUUCAGAGGACAUCGACCCACGCUCGGUCAUCCACACAUCCAUACGAGACACGACCAAAUUCAUUCAUUCCCUCAUCUCUUCGACCCUCUCGUUCGACUCCUUGAACCCACGAUCCACCUUAGUCUCCAACGCCGGUUGUCUCUCUCCCAAUCGUCCAGCUUCUCCUCCACAGCUACUACACUUCCUUCCAAAUUGAUAGGAUUCAACCAAAUCAAUUUAUUUAUCAACAGUAGAGGGAGAGAGCUCCCCUAUCUCUCCAACAUCUCUUACAGAGACGAUUUUAAUCUGAAAAGUGCACACCUUCAUGAUAUACACUCUUUCCUCGGGCCCUCAACUCACAACCUCCUUCCCCUGAGACACGAUCGUACUAAUUUCUCCCUUGAGCCCCACACACUCUCACCACUUUCUCCCACACGUACUACAUAUCCUGUACACCCCCUUUUUUUUCUUACGUACAUACACCCUCGUGAUUCGAGGCCUAUCACAUUUCUUUCUCGGAUUUUUAUCUUAUGGGUUUUAUGUCUCUGAAAUUCUAGGUUAUAAAUAAGUGUUCUGGUUAUAGAGACUAUAGAUGAUGAUUUGGAAAACAGAUUGAGCUUUGCAGUCCGUGUUGUUUGCUGAUUUGGUUGUGGAAGUUCACUCUGAGAUUUUGUUCGGUUGGGAUAUUGGAAGUGGGGGAGGCAUAGACAUGAGUGGCCACAGGUAUAUAAUACCUGAAAAUAAAUAAAAGCGAAACUGCUGUUGCGACAAGGUUAGGUGGAAGGAGGAUGAUGGAGGAAGAAGAAAAUGUAUGAUUGUCAAAGCAAUUUCACAGUGUCUUAUGUAUUGACAUUCACUCCAAUUACGCUGACAAAAAAUGCACAGAUUUUACUGGAGAACCAUUCAUGUCUUCAACAAGCAAUCUUCGAAAUCGAACAGUCCAUUAAUCUUCCUUCUAAAAAAACCGCACUUGUCUCUUUCUCUAAUAAGCUCUCAGACCAGUCCAAAUGGCACAACACAGCAUGGAGGGUUUGGGCCUAUUCACCUGAAAACAACUCCGCAUGAAUCCACCCGUGAUAGAGACGCCGAUGAAUUUUCCAUCGACGUCGAAAAGGUGUACCGGAUUCUAAGGAAAUUUCACACCAGGGUUCCAAAACUCGAGCUUGCUCUGCAAGAAUCUGGUGUAAUUUUGCGCUCCGGUCUUCCGGAACGAGUUUUAAGUCGGUGUGGCGAUGCUGGAAACUUGGGUUACCGGUUCUUCGUCUGGGCUUCGAAGCAACCGGAUUAUAGGCAUAGUUAUGAAGUGUACAAAGCUAUGAUCAAAACUUUAGGGAAGAUGAGACAGUUCGGAGCUGUUUGGGCAUUGAUUGAGGAAAUGAGAAAAGAGAAUCCAUACAUGUUAACCCCCGAAGUGUUUAUUGUUUUGAUGAGGAGGUUCGCUUCCGCCAGAAUGGUAAAGAAAGCAGUUGAGGUGCUUGAUGAAAUGCCUAAGUAUGGGUGCGAGCCUGAUGAAUACGUAUUUGGGUGUCUUCUUGAUGCUUUGUGCAAAAAUGGCAGUGUUAAAGAAGCAGCUUCGCUAUUUGAGGAUAUGAGAGUUCGAUUCAAUCCAAGUUUGAGACAUUUCACAUCAUUGUUGUAUGGCUGGUGCCGUGAAGGCAAGAUUAUGGAGGCGAAGCAUGUAUUGGUCCAAAUAAAGGAAUCUGGUUUUGAGCCUGACAUUGUGGUUUAUAACAAUUUACUUGGUGGGUAUGCUCAAGUAGGAAAAAUGCGGGAUGCUUUUGAUCUUUUGGCAGAGAUGAAGAAAGUGAACUGUGGGCCAAAUGCGGCUUCUUUUACAAUUUUGAUUCAGGCCUUCUGUAAAAUGGAAAAGAUGGAUGAGGCGAUGCGUAUUUUCAUUGAGAUGCAAGGGAGUGGAUGCGAGGCAGAUGUUGUGACUUAUACAACUCUGAUUAGUGGAUUUUGCAAGUGGGGGAACACAGACAGAGCUUAUGAGAUACUGGGUGAUAUGAUUCAGAAAGGCCAUGAUCCUAGUCAGUUGAGUUAUUUGUGUAUAAUGAUGGCUCAUGAAAAGAAGGAAGAGCUGGAAGAGUGUAUGGAACUCAUAGAAGAAAUGAGGAAGAUUGGUUGCUUACCAGACCUUAACAUCUAUAAUACAGUGAUAAGGUUAGUAUGCAAGUUGGGGGAGCUUAAGGAAGCUGUUCAACUUUGGGGUGAAAUGGAAGCAGGUGGGCUUAAUCCAGGUCUUGACACAUAUAUUGUGAUGGUUCAUGGGUUUCUCAGUCAAGGUUGUCUAGUUGAAGCUUGUGAUUUCUUCAAAGAAAUGGUUGAAAGAGGUCUAUUAUCUGCUCCACAGUAUGGUACUUUGAAGGAGUUAACAAAUGCUCUUUUGAGAGCUCAAAAGCUUGAAAUGGCAAAAAACAUGUGGAGUUGUAUAACUACUAAAGGAUGUGAACUUAAUGUCAAUGCUUGGACAAUUUGGAUUCACGCACUUUUUUCAAAUGGGCAUGUGAAGGAAGCUUGUUCGUAUUGCUUGGACAUGAUGGAUGCGGACUUAAUGCCACAGCCAGACACUUUUGCCAAGCUAAUGCGUGGCCUGAAGAAACUUUUCCAUAGACAACUAGCUGUUGAGAUCACAGAGAAGGUGAGGAAGAUGGCUGCAGACAGGCAAAUCACUUUCAAGAUGUAUAAGAGGCGGGGGGAGAGAGAUUUGAAAGAGAAAAUCAAAGCCAAAAUAGAUGGAAGGAAAAGAAGAGCACAUAGACGCCGCUGGAGUGGAGUGCACAAGAAAACUAAAACCCUGUAAUGAAUUUAAUUACUACAGGGGAAAGCCUGAAACAUUUUUGAUAUAUCAGCUUGGUGCAGAAAGCAUUCGGAUCAAUUUAAAAUAGGUAUAUCCAUUUGAUCCAACAAAUAGCGUGAAAGUUCUAUGCCAAAGCGUAUUACUACUAUAUGGUUCUAUCACUAUGUGAGAAAUUCACUUCUCAAGGAUUAUAAAAUUCCUGACACCAACAACUUCAGGGCUAUGUUUCUAUACCUUGAAGAAAAUUCUGGAUUGAGCUAAAAUCUUUUUGCAUGCGUAUUGCAUCUGGUAGCGUCACAGGGAACAAGGGAACAAGGGAAACAGGAAACUGAUCUUAUACAUCUGUCUGCCGAAAAGUGAGGAAUACAGGAAGAGAAUAUGCUAUAUCUGUAACAGCUCCUCAUAUCUUCAAGUGUUAUGAUGCCGAUUGCUUCCCCCUCUUCAGAGAGCUUGGGCAGCAGGUCAUCAGCAAUAUGGAGGACCUCUGAGUUCAUGUCUUUAGACCAUUUCUUACUUCCAGAGAAUUCCGAUAGGAAUUACUACGAUCGGAAAAUGUGUUAAGCCUUUUCAGUGAUCUCUUGGUCUUUAAACCUCUUUCCUGUAGAUGAUUUUCCCCAUCGAUGUCCACUUUCACAUCUUUUGCUGCAUGUGCAUUUGUGUUAUAUAUAUCAUCGUCAAAGUGAAGAAGCCAAGUUAAGUAGAAAUGAAGAAGGUCAAUGCUUACCCUCAAGUUGAUUUCCGUUAACAGACCUCUCUGGAUUUUCUUUUUCUCUUACGACAACAGCCAUAUGACUGUGACCUUCCUGGAAAUCAUUUAGUAUGUCGUAUAAUGGCAUUGUUUCUGAGACCCUGAUGGACAAGUUUGGAUUUUUAGUGAAAAUAAAAGUUUUUUACCCUUUCAACUAGGUGAUGCCUUUUAUAGUUAGGUUUUGUAACAUCAUCUUCGAACUUGAUCUUUGAAGUGUCAGUGGCCAAAGAAUCAGCAUGUCGAUUGGUAGACCUGUUGACAUGGGUUAAUUCCACAUCAAUUCCUCUGACUAUAAUUGAGAAUACGGUGGGCCUCCGCUAGGCAAUCGAAGUACUACUAUUAUUCUAUCAUUCCACCGGGACCUGAAGAAAAUCGCCGGCCUUCCUUCGAUUCAACCCAAGUGAAGAGCUUCUCUGUAAUCACAUUGCCUAAAUGAGCAAAUCCAUUUGUAUGUAAAUCAUAAACCUAGUGGGAAGAAUUCUCAUUUUUGCUUACAGUUACAUUAGUGUCCAUUACUGUUGAUUAAAGAAUAAAAAAUCAUAUGGGUGAUAGUGAUAGGGAAUGAUUUGGAAUGAACUUUAUGUACCUUCAUCAUCGCAGCUUUCUUUUGGUUCAUCUAGAAUGAAUGUAACCAUCGCAUCUUUGAAGAGAAAAUGAAGGAUUUCCCAGAAUUCUUUGAUAA